AUGCCUCGCCCUCCUCCUUUAGCCGGUAUCAGGGUAUUGGAGUUUGCCGGCCUUGCUCCCGGACCAUAUGCCGGCAUGCUCCUCGCCGACGCAGGUGCUUCGGUCCUCCGCAUUGACCGGGCCCGGCGCGGCGCAUCGGCUCCCACAGAAGAUAUGCUUGCGCGGCACAAAUCAUCCAUCGCGGUGGAUUUAAAAUCAGAAAGCGGUGCCGCACUUAUAAAGCGCCUCGCCUCUCAUGCAGACGUUCUCAUCGACCCCUUUCGCCCAGGUGUUCUUGAGAAACUCGCACUGGGACCAGAUGUACUAUGCGGUCUCAACAAGAGACUCAUCUAUAGCAGAAUGACCGGCUUCCGUCGUGAUGGAAAGUAUGCGCUUAUGGCGGGCCAUGAUAUAAAUUACCUUGCUGUGUCUGGAACGCUGGGGAUGUUGGGUAGAGAGGGAGAGAAGCCACACCCGCCUCUGAACAUCUUGGCUGACUUUGCUGGCGGAGGAGCGGUGCUGUUCCAGGGUAUCUUGAUGGCUAUUAUCUCGAGACAGUCAUCUGGGCUCGGCCAGGUUGUCGAAGCAAACAUGGUAGAUGGGAGCUCAUAUCUUACCACUUUUCCUAGGAUGAGCCUUAAAACACCAAUGGGGAAUAAAGGCCGGGGAAAUAAUCUCCUCGAUGGAGGUGCUCCCUUCUAUGAUACAUACAAGACAUCAGACGGAAAGUAUAUGGCCGUUGGGGCUCUUGAGCCGCACUUCUUCGCCACACUGCUCAAGGGCCUCGAGCUCGUGGACCAAGGAUGGGCGGAGAACCAACUCGACAGGACUCGCUGGCCUGAGCUCCAAAAGGCAAUGGCAGAUACGUUCCAGAGCAAGACUCGCGCAGAGUGGGAAGCGAUAUUUGACGGCACAGAUGCGUGCUGCACUCCUGUGCUAGAGUACAGCGAACUCGAGACUGAUCCUCGACGGGAAGGCGAUCAGCGACCGGCGGUGACAUUGCGGGAGACACCGUGUCUAGCUGUGAAAGAAGGCGCAGGACAUAUCGACCCGGCCCAAUUCGGACAGGGUCCAGGUGUGCCUGGAGAUGGGUACGAAGCGAAUCUAUUAAGACCGGGCAAAGGGGGAGAAGAGAUGCUAAGGCAGUGGAUGAACUGGGAGAAUGGAAGGGAGUAUGCUCUGCACCAAGGGGGUUUUGUGCUAAAAAAGGAAUCCAAGCUGUGA